AUGGAAUUCACUAAUGGACCGCCCACAACUACAAGACCAAAUAUGAAAUGUGCUGUUUUGAACACAAAGGCGUGCAGGGCUCGUCCUACAGCGACUUAUCGCGCAUCAAAGUCUGGGUAUUACCCAGGUUCCCCAAGAGAUCUCAAGGUGGACACAUACCUCAAGUACAAUCCAGCUGACAAAAUAUUGUAUCCAGUUGUUAAUAUAUCGUUCAAAGGACCAGAUGACGCAACCCUGAUUUUUGUCAAAGGAUUUGAGGUAACGCUGAUGAUAGCCAGUGGCGAACAUGCCUCAUGGGAAUUGGCUAUUUGUCGGUUGUUUGACUUGAGCGCAGCAAAUAUCACCAAUGAUGACGUGGUAACAAGUUCACAGAUUGAAUUUUCAUAUAAAGGAUGCUUCAGUCUCCUGAGAAAGAAGACAACAUAUCGGGUGCGAGUGCGCUCACUCCCUGAGCCCACAACUAUUAACUCCCCUGCCAAAGAUGUUGCUGUCUACAUUGACACCCCAGUGCCAACUGCGCCGGUUAUUGACAGUCGCAAUUCUGCCAACUGGGCAUUUUUCAUCCAGACUGUCAUUGAUAACAACCAACUAAAAGUCAGCUUUUCGAAGCCACCAUAUAAAUUUAAAUUCACGAGAUUUCGGGUGUCACUCAUCAGAUACACGACAAAUGAAGAAGGUGAACAAAUUCCGAAGUUGGUGACAGAACAAGAAGUGCAAACUAGUCCUGUGGUGUUUAAGGUCCGCUGUCCUGGGCUAUAUGCAGUUUGGGUCGAACCCAUCGAUACGUAUUUACUGAAAAAAAAGAAGUGCCUUUGUAAACUCGACGGUCAGUGUGCCAGUAUGUGCCUGAUAUCGAGGACCCGAAGUCCUAUCAACAUCACCACAGCUGGUCCUUCAUGUCCGGGUGCUAAUUUGCCUAAGACUACCAGCACUGCCAGUAACACCAAUGUCCCGGAUACAGGACCUUUGACUUUGAAUAUACUUGGAGUGAGCAUAUCAGCAACAUGUGGCUUGAUUGUUGUCUUCGUGCUGGUUUUCGUUUUCUGCAGACGACGCUGGAAGUCUGGCGGGGACGCUCCUACACUUAGGCCUCUGAUAGAUUCAUCGAAGACUCAUUUUAACCCAGACUGCUGCCUCCGAUCACGCACUAUAAAUGAAAGAACCAAACAAACAGGCAUGCCUCCUAGUCUUUACAAGUCAAACCCACUGAGCAUGCUGACUGUCACGAAUAAGACGUUACUCCUUCUUUAUCACGCUGGUAGCCUUGCCCACAAGAACGUUGUGUUCCUAUUUGCUAACUUCCUGACAUGUCACUGCUGCAUGGAAUUUAUCCUGCAUGACCGCUGUGCCAUUGAAAUCGGUUUGAAAGGCAAAGACAAUUGGGUGGUUGAAAAAUUCGUGGCAGUUGACUGGAUUGUCAUCAUCAACUCCACAGGAGCCUUUGAGCAGUUAAGGAAUAACUCGGACAUGAUCCAAACAGAAGCCCAUAUUCUAAACGACAUGUUUUCCUGUGCUAUAACGAUGUUGGAUAGGUUUUCAGAUAAACUUAAGAAUAAUUGCAUCAGCGUUUACUUUCCAUACACGGAUAAGAAGAAAUUGAUAAGACAGUUUACACCUAAAGGAAUUCACUACGAGCUCACGACAAAAAUAUAGAGCCAUUUUUUCUGCGUGUGCAUGGAGUUGAAAAAUAUGGCGCAAACGACCAUGAGAUGGACUGUAAACUAGCUAACAUCAAUCGUACGGAACUUGGUCGACACAUACAUCUACACGCAGUAUACACGUAGGCCUUCAACCGGCUAAAUAGCGUCUACACAGUAUAUGUACUGACCACGUCAUAAGACUUGUUUCAAAGCCACGUUUGUCUAGACGCUUUUGCCCUUUACUGUCCUACUUUGCUGCUGAAUUCCAUGAUUAACUGCAUGUUGCUAUCAAUAAUCUGAUAAAUUGUCAUGGCAGAGAACAGAGUCUUGACUGCUUGAAUGUCUCUGGCCACAGUAAGUUUUUAUAAAAGAAUAUUUUGGAAGGACCGUUCGAUAUGGCCCACAAAAGUCAGUCUGUGCGGAGGAGAUCGACCGUGUGCAAUGUGAUCCCCUUGGAUUCAACCAGAUUCUUUUCCCUGGAUCUUUAUACAGUCUGUGAUUUGGUAGAAUAAGAACAUGGUCGAGAAGCUUGACGGGUAGCCUGCGACAUCUCCUGGGACGACCCGAGUUCCAAUCGGCUCAAACUGUUUUCCUUCAUCUGCUGCGCCAAUUUUUAUGUCGGAUGUUAUGCCUUUCAUUCAACGUUUUCCAUUUCACUUCCAGCUUGGUCUACAGAGUCUAUUGGGAGUUUGGCACGGGCAGAGUUUGAGCAGUUCUACCGGGACUGUCCUCUUGACGGAUCAGCUACAUCAGCCAGGGCUCCGUUUCAACAGGAAUGCAAUGACAUACACGCUUAUCUUGUGGACGACCUAACGAUUAAAUAAAAUCUGGUACCAGAGAUAUCGCCCCCUGGUAUCAUUUCAUGGGAACUUUGUCAAACCUACUUUUGAAUGCCCCUGGUCAUCAAUGCCGGUGUAGAGGUUCAAGCUGGCCCCUUAUAGAACCGAAUACCACAACUAUAUCUCGUGGUAAUGUUGCAAAAGCGGGUGUAAAAGGAACACUUUUGGACUCUUACUUUGAAACGGAAUUUCGACAGACCACGAAUUCACAGCCCAUUCAACAAGCCGAAAUUGACUUUAGAAAUUAAUACCGAGCUGGCAUAGAGGCCUUGGUCGUAUGUUCAAAAGCGCUCGUGUUGACCGAAAAUGCCGACUCGCAAAAUCAGAGGCAGGGUCGAGGGUCUCGGACUGCAUUUUUGGUCAGUCGCAUACUGUGAUAAUAACUCAUAUGUUGUGGACAUCGCAGGUAGGUCCAUAUCGAACCCGAGAUUAAAGGUUUAACUCGCAGACGAGUGAUUCCUUCGUCGCACGCAGCAACGAGUUGUAAUUAAGGGGUUACUGCGGUUUGCCGCACCCUCUUCGAAAUCCGUACAAACCCAGUGAUAAUAGGAAGGUCAGUGGUUUGACCAAGUCAUGUGCCAAUUCAUUUUCGACCGUGACACACCCGAAAAUCAUUUUCUGUACUUUGUUCUGCCAGUCUGGUUGUGCGAGGAACAGAGGGAGAGUUGGGAAACUAAUGGUAUUUAUUAGUGCUAGACAAUGCAAAAUCAAAGUUUACGAAAUGUACGGAUAUCAUUCUGGGCUGUAUGUUCUACUAUAUCAAAUUAUUCACAUAUUGGCAAUUAAGAGAAAAUAUCGGCCAUUUUGCAAGUUAAGGUAUUUACGCGUGACACAUCUGUCAAACCUUAGCGCUCAGACAUAUUGAUGACGUCUGUCAAAACCAGCCAAUUAUGUAUCUGAUACGUUACAAGCCAGAUCUGCUAAAACGUUCAAACUGAUGAGGGCUGAUAUUCUUGAGGUUAAAUGUCGAUGGUUUUUUUUGGGUUUUUUGUGAUCAAAAUACCUUUAAUCCCAAAAUUAUUUAAGAGGCACAUUAAAAAAAGAAAAUGAUAAAUCUCUGAUACUGCUAUAUCGUCUUUACUGUUCAAUAGUUCCGAUAGCCACUGAAAUUUACCAUCGUGAGAUAAGGUUUUUGAUACUUCUCCCUAGCAUCGAGGGGCGGAGUAUAUUGAAAAUCACUGGUUAUGUCAGGAUGCAAUUUAAAGGAGAUCGGUACAACUUUUGGACAUUUUUCGUGGGUUGACCUCCUAUUGAACUGCAUGUGCAAACGUGGACCCUAUCAUGCCUGUAUAAGCCAACUAGAGCAUGUCAGGAUCAUGUAUCAGAUGUCCACUUAGGCCUGAGCAUCGUGACAAUGGUGCGGAUAAUAUAUGACCUAUUUUCA